AUGAAGUAUCUCCUCGAGUUCCUCGAUGGCGUCAACGAUGCACCACGCCUCACAGAUCCCGAUUUCCAGCAGCUUGUCGUCAAUGUCAAUGCCGGCAAGGGCAAGUCGAGCGAUGCAUUCUACGACGCGCUGGAGAAGAUGGUGAACGAGCUCAAGGCAUCGCCCGAAGCCGCACCGUUCCUCAAACCCGUAUCGAAGCGCGAUGCGCCAGAUUACUCACAGUACAUCUCAAAGCCGAUGGACCUCCAGACAUUGCUCCGCAAUGCCAAGAAUCACAAGUACAAGAACAAGAAAGACUUUGCCAACGACGUCGACCUGAUCUGGCAGAACUGUCUGACGUACAACACGACGAUGAACCAUCCGCUACGAGGCGUUGCGCUGUACUUGCGCCAGAAGAGCAACCAUUUGCUGACUUUCAUCGGCGACCGCGAUUCGAAUGCUAACAAUCCGCUUGCGCAGAUGUUGGCAGCGUCCGGCGCGUCACUCGCUGUGCAAAGAGCUGCAUCACAACAGCCACCAAACGACGAAGAGGACGCUGCGGGUGAGAGCGAUGAUGCGAUGGGAGAGGACGAAGAGUCGGGGAAGAAAAAGACAGAGGGCCCCAAUGGCACCGCGGCGCUGGGCGCCAAGCGGGCGACGAGCGCCGGAUCUGGGGACCGCCGUGUGAACGGAAAGAUGCACAGCCCACCACCGUUCCGGCCAAACCUCCAGGUCAACUGGGAUAGCUCCACUGCGCUCCUACGAACACCAUACACCAUGGCGCACUGGGACGAAGUCUCGCUCCGGUGGCCCGGGCCCUCUUUCUCGGACAAGGGCAAGGCGAAGGCGUUGCUCCACGGCAACCAGCCACCACCAUGGUACCCAGCCAUUGUGGACGCUGAGGAUGAGGAUGCCAAGGUCGAGGGGUGCUGGUGGGGUGCCGUGGCCAAGGACGAUGCGUACGUUGCGGGUCUCCCGGCCUCACCGGUGAUGGUCAUCGGACCAACGAGCAAACGGAGGAGGGUAGCAAGACGACGCUCUCCGACACCGAACGGGGACAUCGAGAUGUCCGAGACGCAACCACCGGCAUUAGUCCCAUCCAAACCUGUGUCAUUGGCACGUGUAGUCGACCGCGCCAUCGACAAGAUCACAGACGCGCGCAAGACAAUGCACACAAUGCAGGAGCUGCAACGAUACUACGAGGGCGACGGGACGGAUCCAGAACCGCAGCCGCUCGAGCCGAUUGAGAGUGUGCGCACCAGGCUCACGAGGCAACGUAAGGAGCUCAAGCGCAAGCGGAUGGAGACGCGCACCGAGGGCGAGGUCCGACGAAAAUCGGGCGGCGAGGUUGGUGGAACCCAGGCCGUGCUCGAGAUGAAGCGGUCUACGGCGAGCUUGUUAGCACAUGCGGGCUUCGAUGGUGCCAACGACAUCCCUCUUGACCUGAUGACCCGCGUCGCAGGCGACUACAUCCGCAACCUUGGCCGCACGUUCCGACUGUUGCUAGACUUUAAGCGAAACAUGAAGCCAGAAGAACUCGUCCUCCACGUGCUGCACGAGAACGGGCAAGUGCAGAUACAGGAUCUUGAGUCGCAUAUCAAAGACGACAUCGAGCGCGACAGUGCCAAAAUCUCGGAGCAGCAGCGCAAGAUGCGCGCGGCAUACGCCGAGCUCACGACCGCACCAGUCAUCGAGGAUGACAUGCUUCUGGCCGACGACGGGCAGAUGCUCCAACACGGCGACUUUGCAGAGGACCUGGGCGAGGACUUCCUGGGUUUGCGCGAGCUUGGUAUCGACCGGGAGUUUGGGUUGUCGUCGCUAUCGGUGCCCAAGUCGCUCUUCUUCGGACGGAGGAAAAGGGACGCUGCAGCAUUGGGCCCAAAGGUCGCGGAACCCGACUACGCGGCGGCUCCACCAUUCAUCCCACUCACGGCUGGGACGUACAAGGCCGCCACGCCUGCGUUGCUGCACGCAUUCUACGCCGAGCGGUUCGAGAGUGCGCCGCCCGAGGGCGACGACGUCUUCGACCCCGUGCAUGCCAACAUUGGGCCUCUGGGUCAGAUUGUCGUCAAGGCACCACAGAACGCGCCGACCAAGAAGAAGAAGGACGACGAUACCAAGGAGAAGAAGCCGGCGAAAAAGACUGGCCAACCCGGCGUCGGUAAGGGUAACUGGAUCAGACCUUCCAAGGAGGAGCGGGAACGGCGAGCAGCCGAGAAGAAGGCCGAACUUGAGCGACAGCGCGCAGCUCAAGCUGCGACAGCAGAAGGGGAUGACGAGGAUGCCGAGGGUGAGGAGGACGAGUAG